CAAAUACGGGGUGGUGGUGGGGGGGUUGUACAGUGCGGCCAGGCGACAGCGUUACCAUUCAACAACAACCACCACCUCCACAGCGGCAAUUAGCAGCAACAACAACGACGACGACGGCUACAGCAGCGGUGACACCGCCUCGCCAACGAACUAAUUCUUUCGUGUCGUCUGCGCGCUGAGUAAAUUAAUGAUUGCCAAUUUGCUGGGGGCUCUGUCUGUGAGACGCGUCCCGUGUCUCCGCUCGACACCCGGCCCGGGCCCGCGACGCCUCCUCCUGCUCCUCCUGCCCCCGCAGCUCCACCGCAGCGGCGGCUACAGCAGCAGCAGCUACAGCAGCAGUCGUAGUAGCUACAGCAGCAGCUACAGCUACAGCAGCAGCAGCAGUAACGCCGACGAGAGCUGCAAUAGCGGCGGUAAAGGAAGCUACAGCAGCAGCAGCAAGAGUUACAGCAGUCGCGGUAACGCGACCGAUAACAGCGGAAGGUACAACAGCUACAGCAGCAGCAAUAAUAAUAACAGCAGUAAUAGCGAUAGCAGCAGCAGCGGUAGUCUGUACGACAACGGUAGCUGCGACAUUAGCAACAGCAGCCGCAGCAGGAGCAGCAGCAGCAGUCGUUUCGGAGGAGGCGGCGGCACUGACAUCAACAACAGCAGCAGCAGCAACAGUUGCAGCAGCGGGAGUGGCAGUGACGGCAGAAUCAGAAUCAGCAGCAGUAGCAGCAGCAGUAGCAGCAGGCGAAGCAGCGUAAGAAAACAGAGCGGCGGCGGCGGCGUCUCGUUGGCACGCAAAGGCGGCGGCGGCGGCGCUGCAGAAUCGCCCUCCGCUCCCAAACAAGAAUCCCUCUGUCGCCGUCAGCCGUCGAGUAGCAUGGCCGCGAACCAAAGUAAGAUCGACUGGAAUUCGUGGGAGAAAGCCAAGGACCAGCUGACAAAGCUGAAGGACAUGGACGAGAGGCGGAAGUACUACAAGUGCAGUAGCAACUACAUCACGCUCAAGUCUCUGGACAAGUGGUCGGAAAAGGAUCUCCACUCCCAGGAUCUCCACUCCCAGGACAAACUUACAGAGCUGGAAAAGCCAGAAACGUGUGCUUCAACUGUAGGUGGGAGGGAGUACGAGGUGAACCAUCAGAUCAACGACAAGGUUUCGCUCUUCAAGGGCGACAUCACCCUGCUGGAAAUCGACGCCAUCGUGAAUGCGGCUAACUCUACUCUGCUUGGCGGUGGAGGAGUGGACGGAUGCAUCCACAGGUCGGCGGGGUCCCUGCUGAAGGAAGAGUGUCGCUCCCUCGGAGGAUGCAGCACCGGCAAGGCCAAAAUCACCUGCGGAUACCGCUUGCCUUCCAAGUACGUGAUCCACACGGUGGGGCCGCGCGUGAUGGACAGCGUGCCCACGCCCGAGGAGCGAAAGCAGCUGGAUGGCUGCUACAGCGAGUGCCUGCACAUCGUGGAGGACAAGGAGCUGCGGUCCGUGGCGUUUCCAUGCAUUUCUACAGGGAUUUAUGGUUUCCCCAACGAACCGGCGGCCAGGAUCGCGUUGGAGACGACCAGAAACUGGCUCGAGAAAUACCACAGCAAGGUGGACAGAAUCAUCUUCUGCCUCUUCCUGCCGAUCGACGUGGAGCUCUACGACACCCUCAUGCCCGUCUAUUUCCCGCGUGCUCCCAAAGAGAGUUCAGAAGGUGUGGCAGAUGGUCCUGCGGUCGCUGGUACUGAAAAUGAAAGUGACGAUAAAGACAGAGACCCUAAGGAUGUAGAGGAAGACGAGGCGAAGGACGAGGACAUGCCCAGCCAGGACACGGACAGCGACCCCACCAAGACGAGCGCACCAAAAUGCGUUUCGAAGAUCUAAACGAUUAAUCAAGGAGAGGGACGUUUUCCACGGCUACAGCAAAGCAAAUGUGAUAGGCAUACUGUGCGCACAAUUAUAAUCCAGCACAGAGGUAACGUUGGUCACAUGUUCACUCCUCUUAGCAGUGAACAUACGUACAUAGGCUUGGGAUAUAUUUUGGUUGCACUGUUACGAAUUAAAGUAAAAAUUCAAGCCUGACAAUGUUGUGUACCCACAAAAAAAAAGGAAUUUUCCACAACAUUUGGUUUCUCUUUUUCAGUCGCUUCCAGUUUUUCUUUGGCAACGUUCCAUUGCGCUCUUAGUUUUCCAGCUACGUUGCUGAUGUUCGCAAAAUCUCGCACGGUACAUUCAGCUGAAAAGUUUGGCGGUGUUUUGCUGUGACCAGCGACGUUGGGGAGAGAUCGUAAAUGCAACCUUUGGCGGGUUCACUCUGUCGAAGGUGUGAAUCUGUUCCCAGGACGUUUACUGGUCUGAUGUGACACCAAGACCCGUUUUGUGACAUUUAUUUGGCGAUGUAAAAAUAUUGAGGACCUUUGAUGGACUUGCGUUUAGGACUUCAAUUAAAUUAAAGAGAAAAAA